AAAAAAGUUUAAAUAUGUUAACCAUAAUAAAUCUUCCUCCUGAACUUUUUGCAAAAUUUUGUACUUUUUUAUCACCAGCUGAUUUACUCUCACUCUCUCAAGUAUGUCGUAAAUUUCGUGGAUAUUUAUGUGCUCCAAACUCUUCUACUACUCAACAAAUAUGGAAGGAAUCUCGUUUACAAUUUAUAUCAAAAGAAGAUAUGCCUCCCCCGGAAGGAAUGAACGAAGAAAAAUAUGUUUUAUUAUUAAUGACAGAAAGAGGUUGUCAAAUUUGUAAGAAGAAUAAAGAAUGUAAAAUUUAUUGGGAAUUUGAAGUUAGAUGCUGUAAAAGUUGUUUUACAGUAAAUACAAUUUCAAAAGAUAUUAUCAAAACUAAAUAUUCACAAGAAUUCCUUGAUAUUAUACCCUACCGCCAUCAUGUUGGUUUUUUUGAUAAUGAAAUACUUUAUUGGGAAAAACAAAUUGAUCUUAUAUAUUCAAAAUAUUGUAAUUUACCAAAAGAAAAUUUACAAUCUUGGUUAAAUGAUAGAAAACAUACAUUCAAUUCCAUAAUGGAAUAUAGUAAACAACGUAUUUCAAAAGAUAAAGCGGAUACACCAUAUGUACCAUCAUUGAAUUUUUGGCCACCAAUAUCAAUGCUAGAACCAGUAGAACUACCAUCUCUAUCAUUUAUUCCUCAAUUUAUUCCCAUCCGGCGUAAUAAUACCAGUAUUCAAAGUCCUGAUGAGCCAAAAAGAAAUCAAUUCAUUAAAUCUGAAAAGAAAAAGAGUACAAUAAAAUUUCAUGAUAAUUAUACUUCGUCUCAUAUGAAAGGAAAAAAUUUUAAAAAUAAAUUCGUUCAUAGAUAUGGUUAAUUAAGUUAAUGUAGAUCCCAUAAUAUUUUUUUUUGGGAAUUUUACAAAUUCAUUUGUAAUUUUUUUUUAUUGGUAGACUUUAAAUUAUGUAUUAAAUAUUGACAAUAAAUUUAUUUUUUG